GAAUACAGAAAAUUUUUGGAGACUUAUGCCACAGAUAAUGAAAAAAUGACAUCUACUCCAGAGACACUGCUGGAAGAAAUAGAAGCCAAAAAUCGAGAAUUAAUAGCUAAAAGGACAACCCCACUUUUGAGCUUCCUGAAGAACAAGCCUCUGCUCAAGAAACCAGAAAAAGGAGAUGAAAAAGAACUUGAUAAAAGAGACAAAGCAAAGAGACCAGACAAAGAGAAUCUGACUGAAGAAAGAGCCAGUGGGCAAAGUUGUACUCUGCCCAGGCGUUCUGAUGUUGAACUGAAGGAUGAAAAGCCAAAGAGGCUUGAUGAUGAGAGUAUCAGAGAUUACAGAGACAGGGAUCGGGAUUAUGAAAGAGAUCAGGAGCGCAUGAUGCGAGAACGAGAGCUGCUGAAGCGGCAGGAAGAAGAAUGCCGCAGGCAGCAGCAGAAGGAGCGCUAUGAGAAAGAGAAGGCUUUCAAACGAAAGGAAGAGGAAAUGAGGAGAGAGAAAGAAGCAUUUCGAGAUAAAGGAAAGAAGAGUGAGAAUCCAGAAUCAAUAUGUGCCUCAGACAAAAUUGAAAAGAAAGAUGAAGUGAUUAAGAGAGACUGCAUAAGGAACAAGGAUCGUCCAGCAAUGCAGCUUUACCAACCAGGAGCUCGAAGCCGAAGUCAACUCUGUCCCCCUGAUGACAAGCCUGGAGAUUCACCAGUGGACAAAAAGCAGGAAAGUGGUAUUAGCCAUAGAAAAGAAGGAGGAGAGGAGUGAGAAGUCCCGAUGGCCAUAGGUGUCCUGACUGUCCAGGCAGCCAAAGAGCACGUAUUAUGCUAUCCAGAAGUGCCUUCAGGGCAAAGGAACAGAGAACAAGAAAACGGGUCGCUGUGCUGGUGGGGUGCACUGCAGAGGAGUGUAGUGUGUCUAAGCAGGAAUAAGAUUGCAGGCUCAGAAUCAGAAGAACAAUUUCAUUGUCUUUUGCAGUUUUCACAAUUUUAAUGUCUCAGAAAAAGAAGGUAGGAAGAGCAUUGCAAGUGAAAAAUGUCAAGUAAGGACUUAACUUUGACAAGCCAAAAAGGAGCAGGGUCGAAAAUCAACAGGUGUUCUAAAUCCUGGCUUGGAGUGUCUUAGUUGGAAUGGAGCAGAAGCACACUAAGUCUUGUUGGGCUCUAACUAUUUUGCAUUGUUGGUGAUAACCAUUGACUUGGUAGUGUAGAAGCAACAAGCAUGUAAUUAUAGCACAAGUAGAGUGCAGGAUAGAACAAAUUACGGCUGAUGGAAAAGAUUAAUAGUCACCUUACAUCUAUAUCCUGUGUCUGAAGUUUUUGUAAUUAUAGCUUGUUUUGUUUACUUCUGUGAAAGUAGCAUCAAAAAAUAUUUGUAAAUGUCUUAUUUUGCCUUUAGCAUUUUUUUCUAUUAAUAGGUAAAGUGUAAUCCUUGUUUAGUUGCUGACAAUCUAGUGUUUGUUUUAUCUUAGGUGUGAUGACUUAAGUGCAUACCCUCUCCAGGACGGAAACUACGCCAAUAUCUGUUCCUGUUAAAUGGCAGCUUUCAGUCAUAGCUUGUUUUGUAUUGCUGUCAAUAAAUUUUGAAUUCACUCAAAAAAAA